CGCCUUUACCCGGCGGAGACACCCAUGUGCAAAACACACGGGUUGGGGAGGGCCCGCUCGUCGGGGCUGCAGUCGCUGGUGCGGCUCUGAGUGUGGGAGUUGGGGACUCGCGCAAGGACGCACGCGCUAGCUCGGGAUAGAGGGACGGUUGCCGUGGCGACGGCGGGGGCGGGACCUGCCUGGCCGGAGCGCGGCGCGGACCAGUGACGCACUGCGCAGGCGCCCGGCAGGCGGGCAGAUCAGUUGGCGCCCGGAUGGAGCGGGAGAGGGAGCUGGAGCGGCCGAUUCAGAAGGUGUCAAUGUUGCAGGCCUGCGUCCGGGGCUUCUUGGUCCGACGCCAAUUCCAGAGUCUGAGAGCUGAGUAUGAGGCUAUUGUACGAGAGAUCGAGGGUGAUCUGGGCAUGCUUCAGUGGACUGAGGGCUGGAUUCCUCGGCCCCGAUUUCUUCCAGAGAAGCCAAAAUCCCAUCGGACCUGGAAGGCCAAAGAGAGGGUGCCAAAUUCAGAGCAGAAACUAAGGAGCCACCUCCAAUGUAAAGAGCCUCAGAGAGAGGCCCUCUGGGAGGAGAUGAUGCUGAAGAAGUCAGGAGAGAGCUUGACAAACUCAGGAAGUCUUCCUUACACAGAUGACAGCCACUGGCUUCAGAAUGAGCAAAGGAAACCCAGUCAAGAGAAGGCCAGAGAUAGGUUAAGGAUGGAGAACCCAGGACUGCCCCAUAGCCACACUGAGCUCCAGGAGCUUCAGUACCACCGCAACCACUUGGCCAUGGAACUCUUGUGGCUACAACAGGCCAUCAAUAGCCGUAAGGAGUACUUAAUUCUCAGACAAACACUGAGAUCCCCAGAGGAUCAGGCCAGAGACAAGCCCAGCAUGUGCCAAGAACACAAGGCACAGGCCUAUGAGAGAGCUGGGUCACAACCAAGCCCACCACUGGAAGACCAGUCCCUCAGAAACAAGACCAGUGGAGAGCCAGACCAGGCAGAUGAUUCCUGCUGGAUGCUCAAAUUACAACCCCACAAAUCCCCAGAAAGACUGGCCACUCCAGAAAAAAUCAAGUACAGGGAUCCAUGCUACAAAAGGACUGGACAACAGCUGCACAUGCCAUCAGAUAACCAGACCACAGAGAACAGGCUCACCAAAGAGCCAGACCAUGGGGAACAGACCUCUAGAGAGAUCUGCAUGCAGUUGACAGAACUCCUGGAGGACCACACCCCCAAAGGCCUCAAACCUAGGCUAGGGGCUACUAUUCUGGAGAGGCCAUGACACAUGUAAACACACUCCAAAAGGACCCAAAUAUA